CUCAGACCUUAUAUAUAUACACAAAUCAGCAGCUGCAGCGUGCGUCUUAGUUUCUGGGUGCUUCCCCUUCUCUUCUGCCUCCUACCCCUCCUCGUGUUAAGCUUCUCUGCACUGAAGCAGCCAUGGUUUCUCAUUCUCCAUCUGAUCAGAACUAUGCCUCAAACAAUACACAGGCCGACACAAGAUCAGAGAAGGAGAAGGCAAUCGACGAUUGGCUUCCAAUAUCAUCUUCAAGAAACGCGAAGUGGUGGUACUCCGCUUUCCACAAUGUCACCGCCAUGGUUGGCGCCGGCGUCCUCGGCCUCCCUUAUGCGAUGGCCGAGCUGGGAUGGGGUCCUGGCGUAGCUGUGUUGAUUAUAUCAUGGGUUGUGACUCUCUACACGCUGUGGCAAAUGGUUGAGAUGCACGAGAUGGUACCCGGAAAGCGCUUCGACAGGUACCACGAGCUGGGCCAGCACGCGUUCGGCGAGAAGCUGGGCCUGUACAUUGUGGUGCCGCAGCAACUCAUCGUUGAAGUGGGCGUGAACAUCAUCUAUAUGGUGACCGGAGGCACGUCGCUCAAGAAAUUCCACGAUGUUGUGUGCAGCAGUUGCAAAGACAUCAAGCUCACCUACUUCAUCAUGAUCUUCGCCUCUGCCCAUUUCGUUCUGUCCCAUCUCCCCAACUUCAACUCCAUCUCCGGAGUCUCUCUGGCUGCAGCCGUCAUGUCUUUGAGUUACUCUACUAUUGCUUGGGCUGCUUCUGUCCACAAGGGCGUGGUGAAGGAUGUGGAUUAUGGGUACAAAGCAAAGAGUACGGCAGGAAAAGUUCUCAACUUUUUUAGUGCCCUGGGCGAUGUGGCUUUCGCCUAUGCCGGUCACAACGUGGUGUUGGAAAUUCAAGCCACAAUCCCUUCCACGCCGGAGAAGCCUUCCAAGGGGCCUAUGUGGAGGGGAGUGAUUGUUGCCUACAUAAUUGUGGCCUUGUGUUACUUCCCAGUUUCUCUAAUUGGGUACUGGAUGUUUGGGAACAGCGUUGACGACAAUAUCCUCAUCACGUUGGAGAAACCGGCCUGGCUCAUUGCCAUGGCUAACUUGUUCGUGGUUGUUCAUGUUAUUGGAAGCUAUCAGAUAUAUGCAAUGCCAGUAUUCGACAUGAUAGAGACUGUUCUGGUGAAAAAAAUGCAUUUCAAGCCCAGUAGAGCUCUCCGUUUCAUUACAAGAAACAUAUACGUGGCACUGACAAUGUUCAUCGGCAUAACAUUCCCUUUCUUUGGUGGACUUUUAUCAUUCUUUGGAGGAUUUGCGUUCGCCCCAACAACAUACUUUCUACCUUGCAUCAUGUGGCUCGCCAUCAAGAAGCCGAGGAAAUACAGCUUGUCUUGGUGGACUAACUGGAUAUGCAUCGUACUGGGUGUUCUUCUGAUGAUUUUGGCCCCUAUUGGAGGAUUACGGCAAAUUAUAAUCAAAGCAAAAACCUACAAGUUCUACUCUUAAGCAGUAGAUCAUCCAUGCCAAUGCCAAGAUGUGCUGGAGAUCAAAACUCGAGCAGAGAUACAAAGAUGAUGAUGAUGAUGAUUAUUAUGAUGAUCACAUUCAUAAUCGCCUCCACAAAAUGCAUUAUCAGAUUUAUGAAGUAACAAAUAGGAUCGCGGUAGAAUUUUGCUGGAUAUUAUUGCUUGUUUUUGGAAAAUGGGAGUCUUGGCCACGGAAUGACUACCAAAGUUCGCUCUAGGCCUUGUUUUUUUAAUGGGUUUGCCGCUAUUUUACGUUGAAUGGUGUGAAUAUAUAUAUUUGUCACUCUUGCAUUUC